AUGGCAAACACAUCACAAACUACAACAUUGAAGCCGCCCCUCCACCGUGCUUGGUGGAAAGAAUCAUCGGUCUAUCAGAUCUACCCAGCAUCUUUCAGAUCGGCUAACUGCACUGUGGACAAGGCCUCGGGCACUGUAAAAGGUGAUCUUCGUGGCAUCAUCUCAAAGCUUGACUACAUCUCUACCCUUGGGGUGGAUGUUGUGUGGCUCAGUCCUAUCUUACAAUCUCCACAAGUUGAUAUGGGCUAUGACAUCUCUGACUACUGUGCCAUUUAUCCGGGAUAUGGCACGAUGGAAGACCAUGAUGAUCUUAUCAAGGGCUUGCAUGAUCGUGGCAUGAAAUACGUAAUGGACCUUGUCGUCAACCACACGUCAGAUCAACACGAAUGGUUCAAACAGUCGCGCUCCUCGAAAGACCAUCCAUAUCGUGAUUGGUAUUUCUGGCGUCCGCCUCGUUACGACGACAAUGGCAACCGCAUGCCGCCCAACAACUGGGAAUCGGCUUUCUCUGGGUCUGCCUGGACUUACGAUGAGGCCACUGGCGAAUAUUAUCUGCAUUUGUUUGCAAGUGCGCAGCCCGACUUGAACUGGGAGAAUCCGGCAGUCAGGCGCGCAGUGCAUUCCAUGACACGCUUCUGGCUCGAUCGUGGGGUCGACGGCUUCCGAAUGGACGUUAUUAACUUCAUAUCCAAGGAACCAGGCUUACCCGAUGGAAAAAUCACGAAGCCCGGUUUCUUGCAAUCUGGCGCCGAGUACUUUGCUUGCGGUCCACGGCUGCAUGAAUUCCUCCGAGAAAUCGGUGCGAUUCUCCGCGAAUACGACGCAUUUUCGGUGGGCGAAAUGCCUGGUGUUAAAGACACUAAAGAAAUCCUCAAAGCCGUGGGGCAAGACCGUGGCGAGCUGGCGAUGGUGUUCCAAUUCGAUAUUGUCGGUAUGGACGUCAGACCCGGCGGAUCAAAGUGGGAACAUCAGGACUUCGACCCGCGAAAUCUGAAGCACAUUGUCGCGAAAUGGCAGACAUUUAUGCUCCAAAACGCAGGCUGGAAUGCUGUAUUUAUGGAGAAUCACGACCAAGGACGCACAAUUUCCCGGUACUGCGAUGAGAGCGAUGCAUACCGCGCCAAAUCUGCCAAGCUACUUGCUGCACACAUGGGUCUCCUAUCUGGGACGGUCUUCAUUUAUCAGGGCCAAGAACUUGCCCAGAUCAAUGUGCCAGAGUCUUGGGACCUCGAUGAGUACAAAGACAUCGAGGCCAUCAAUCACUGGAAAACAGUGCUGAGAGAUUGCCCGCAUGAUCAGGAGAAACAAGCCGCCUACAAAAGACAAUAUCGGCUCGUCGGACGCGAUAACGCUAGGACGCCGAUGCAGUGGGCUGCCGACGCAGACACCUACGCUGGGUUCCUGCCUGAUGAUGCUCCCAAGGAUGCAAAACCGUGGAUGUCCAUCCACCCUGAUUUCGCGGAGUGGAAUGCUGAGGCGCAACUUACAGACCACGACAGCGCAUUCCAUUACUGGCAGCGCGCGCUCAAGCUCCGCAGGCAAUACAAGGACAUCUUCGUCUACGGUGAUUUCGAGAUGCUCGACUUGGACGACGAGUUCGGAAACGUCAUUGCCUAUCUGAGGAUGGAUGAUGCUGCAGAAAGUCCCAACUCGCAGGCCACGAAUACCGCCAAGUUAAGAACGUGCCUUGUCGUUACGAACUUCUCCGGCGAGAAAGUAUGGUGGACUCCCCAGGUCGGGCAGAACAGGUCUUGUUUGAUGAGGCUGGAUUGA